AUGAGCCAGUCAGUUGCAGCCACGCCAAGUGAAUUGCCAGAUACGAUCGCUGGUCUGUUGUCACGCAUGAUGAAAGAACUACAAUGCCCGAUCUGUCUCCAACCUAUUACCCAAGCAACGAGUACUCCAUGUGGCCACACAUUUUGCCGUGGUUGUAUUCAACAUUGGCUCAAGCGCAAUUCACCGUGUCCUUGUUGCAACUUUAAACUUCACCGUCGGCUAUUGUAUGAAGCUGAAUCGAUCGAUCGCAUAGUGGACGAAUUUGGCAAGCUGCGUGAAGCCUAUGAGCAGGAGACCCAUGAAAAUCUUUCGCUGGUGGUGCCUGAACAACAUGAGACCGAUUGGCGUCAGGAACCAGAACCCAAUCUAUCAUUGCAGUAUCCGUAUCCAACCAAGCCUGGGCAAGGAGAAUCAUCAUCAUCAUCAACAUCACAACAAUCUGGUCAUGAACAAAGUGCUACUUGUGAUUCAGAGGUAACCCACGUGACAUCCUUGGAGAUACGUCAAGCGCAAGAGACCCGUGCACAAUUUGAAGCAGCUGAAGAGGAACAAAGGAAAGGAAUGGCAACAUCAUCGUCUAUUUCGUUGGAUUCGCCCAUCAUUGCCGUAUGCGGGAUCAAGGACGUGCGUGUGCUACAAUUCAUCCCAUCUGUUUUUUGUCGAAUGGGUGCCAAGCGUUUGAAUUCAGUGACUCAGGAGAUAACAUUUCUUUUGGUAUCAUCAGACAACCCGCUUUCUUCUCAUACCAUGUAUUCGCAAGCCAUUCUUUUAGGUAAACCGGUUGUGAGUGAUCAAUGGGUCUUGGAUUGCCACAAUCAAAAUGAUACUUUGCCGGUGGAGCCGUAUCUCGUGGUUGGACACAAGGCCAAAGGCCAACAACGCUUCUUUGAAGGACAAAGCUUUUAUCUCGAUGGCGAGUUCCAUGACCCAAGCAAAAAGGAACUGAUGUCAUUGAUCACACAAGGUGGUGGACGCGUGGUGGAAUCUUAUGACGAGUCCGUGCAGAUCAUAUGCCCUGAUGAUAGCGAUAGGGUGCAUGGACCCUCCUCUUCAAGCAAUGGACGACACAAAGAAGCAUGGGAUGGUGGUCCUAUUUCUCAGAGGUGGAUUAUUGAUUGUAUCAGUGCAUCCAAGGUUCUCGAUCGCAAGUUGUACCACGUUGCAUAA